GCUUGAACCUUCUGAGCUGUCCCCUCUGCGGACUACGCUUUGAUACGGGAUAUAAAAAGUGUCCUUUGUCCAAUUAUCUUCUGUCUCAUCAAGUUUUACACAUACCUCACUAAUGAUUAUCCCAACGAAAGAGCUCGACGACUCAGAGUACAACGGCAAACUUGAUGACGAUUCCCCGACAGAAACUGGUACAGUGCGUGGGGUAAAUUUAAACGAAGUCGAACCUCCGCCGGAAUAUUCACCGCCAAAUCCAUAUUAUCCAGAUAAACAGAAAAAAAGCACCUAUCCCGAGGUGGCUUCCAAACCUUCUGAUGACCUCGAGCUGAAAGGCGUAAACUUUGUCUAUAGACACAUUUAUUUCGAUAGUAUCUACGCUACGUAUAUCAUUGACCCGAGCGUUCAAGAUGUCUCUCAAUCUAUCCUUCCCGGAGCGAGCAGAGAUGAUAGGAGAUCAAGAUCGAGAACAGGGCCACGAAAAGGGAAAACCUUGAAGAACCUUUGCUUGCAGUCGGAAUGUGGGGCGAUCAAUGUUGGCGUGAGUGUGUUUGAUACCGAAAUCGCAGCAAUGGCAACAGAAGGAAAGAGAAGCCACCGGCCGAGAAAAGUGUUGUUGGAUGUCCGGACAACGUUUGGACCGAUUGAUGUUAGAUUGCGUUUAGCAUCUUUACCUCCUCCUCCGGGCCUCCGAGUUUUCCCAGAGUCAACCGCAACUCGUCUCCCAAUCAAGCUCUCCGCCUCAUCCAAGUGCGGUCCCGUGCACAUAUCCCUCCCAGCUUCGUUCUAUGGAUUCAUCUUCUUCUCGGUGCCUCUGGGUGAAAUUGUUCUAUCCACGCAGGUACAGAAAAAUGUUAGCUGGGAUCGUAUGUUUAGCCGCACCAUAACAAAGAACAGUGGAUCUAGGACAGUUUUUGUUGGGGAUUCUGAAGCGUUGAGAGGGAGAAUUGAGGGUGGUAGUGAUGGUCCAGAUAGCGCAGAUGAUAGAGUAGACGUGGAUGGACCUUGGAACGGAGAUGAAGUUCAUUUGGAUGCUUGGUGCGGGUCGGUGCUUGUUGAUUACGUUGAUGAAUGAAUAUCAUCCUUUAGCUGAAAAUUACAAG